UUGUACCCCCAGAGAUCUUUUAGUACUGAUCUCUUCUGCAGUACACACAUCAUUUUUGUAGAGGGUCUUAUUUUUGUCUUUUUUUUAAUUCCAGUCAUUUUGUUUAAUAUCUGGAAAGUGUGACACCAGCUACCAAGGCAUCCCACUCUUCUUUUCAUACUCCUGGAUCUUUUUCUUCUUUCUUUCUCUGGGACCCCAAACUUUCUCAAUCUGGUACUUUCUUGAUUGAGAGCGCUAUCCUUCCCCUCUCUCUCCUGUCCCUUCUGUUUCUUUUUCUGGCUAUGCACCAUGCUGUCCUCCCCUACAGUGAUCCUUCAGCCCUACGGACUCCCUGUUUACCCCCAGACAGCUUCCUGCUACCCCAGCCUAGUACAGGGAGCCGCCGCCCAAGAGGCGGGGCCAGGCAGUGGUGACCCUUCACUUCCUCAGGUCUAUGCCCCACCCCCUUCAUAUGCCACACCUGGUCAAGCCCCACCCACAUCUGCUGCCAGGCUUCCACCCCUCGAUUUCAGCUCCGCUCAUCCCAGCUCAGAAUAUCCUGAUCAUCAUCAUUUGAGGGUCUACCAGGGCCCUCAGCAGGAGUUACAGGAGUCUGUAACUGCCAAUAACACGGACAAUUCUUUGGCUCCCGUAACAUCUGACCCGCAGUCUCUCAGUGUUUCCGUGGCAACUGGGAGUGGAACGAGUGGAAGUGAGGCAGACGGCAGUGGCAAGGCCCAGCCUAAAAGACUUCAUGUGUCCAACAUUCCUUUUAGGUUUCGUGAUCCAGACCUGAGGCAAAUGUUUGGGCAAUUUGGCAAAAUUCUAGAUGUGGAGAUCAUUUUUAAUGAGAGAGGAUCAAAGGGUUUUGGAUUCGUGACAUUUGAGAGUGCAGUGGAAGCAGACCGAGCGAGAGAGAAGCUGAACGGAACGAUCGUCGAGGGAAGAAAGAUUGAGGUGAACAAUGCCACAGCCAGGGUUGUCACAAAGAAACCGCAGACACCUUUAGUAAAUGCUGCUGGGUGGAAGAUAAAUCCAGUAAUGGGUGCCAUGUAUGCUCCUGAACUUUAUACAGUCGCCAGCUUCCCUUAUCCUAUGCCCACGCCAACCUUGGCCUACAGAGGCUCCACACUCCGUGGCCGUGGGCGAGCAGUCUACAAUACCAUCCGGUCGGCUGCAGCAGCGACAGCCACACCCACCGCGGUACCAGCCUAUCCAGGUGUUGUAUAUCAGGAUGGAUUGUAUGGUGCAGAGGUCUAUGGAGGAUAUUCAACCACAUAUAGGGUAGCGCAGUCUGCCUCAGCCGCUACGGCAGCCACAUACAGUGAUGGAUAUGGAAGAGUCUACACCACAACAACAGACCCCUACCAUCACUCAGUUGGACCUACCACCACUUAUGGAGUUGGAACAAUGGCAAGUUUGUAUCGCGGAGGUUACAACCGUUUCACCCCAUACUAAACUAAGACUCGACUCACUGACUUGCACGCCACUUCCACCAAGAUGUUCUGGAAAAUGAUGAGACCUCCUUCUUCCUGUUCCAAUCCCAAACUGUUUGUGGUUGUAAAUACUAUGGCUCACAUCUUAUUUAUUGGAUGAAUCCAUUCUGAAAAUAUGCAGAAGUGUAUUUGUGGACUUUUAUUUAAGUCUAAUACUUAAACCAACCCCCUUACAAAAUGGGAAAACAAGAAUAGACAACUUUCUUGUGUAACAGACUGCACACUGUAAAGCUGCUGUAUAUCUACAUAUCAUAAUAUUGCAGUCAUGGAGGUAUGAUUUGCCUAUAGAGCCACAAAGAUAAGUGAUAGACCUCACAAAGAUUUUAGAUAUUAGUACAAAAGCUGGGAAUGUUUUAAAUGUUGCACUGUUAAAUGAUGAUAUGAAAUAUCCAAAGACAGCCACACAGGUGGAACAUUCACCAAAGUGACAGAUGCGUAAGAUCAGAUCCAGUUUGUAUAGUUGAUGUGUGUGUGUUGGUGUGUAUUUGAGUGCGUGUAAUUUAAAUAGCAAUACUGUGAGAUACAGCAAUGGCACUGACCUGUGUGAUAUAUGUGUUCUCUCUCUCUCAAUAUCAUCUACCUCUAAGCAAGUAUCUCUUUAUCUCUCCUAAACCUCUGUUAACUUCUGUUUUUCCUGCUGAGACAUUUCUAUAUGUUUAUUAAUAUGGCUGCUUUGCUCACACUGUUUCUUACAAGCAAAUCUGUGGUGCUUUCCUUUCUGAAUGUGUCUUUUUCAUUUCCUUGACGUAUUUGUGGUCUGUUCAUCUUGCUAUUCUUUUUCCUACUGUGUUUUGAAUGGUGUUCUUAAUAAAUAAAGCUUAUCCUUUACUCUUUUA